UCAAAGCUCAGACUAGUGCAAGAGCAGAACGCAAUGGAGGCUUAACGGAUAGAGCUCGGACUCUCAGUAAUGGAUUCCACUGGUCUCAAAUCUCUGAAUAUAGCAACCCCUUUCCAUUUUUCACCAAGACCUUCUCGUCUCUCUUGUCCCUUCAACAUAGUUCCCUUCAAGCACACUCUUCGUCUAUCUCUUCCCUCUCUCCGCCUCUCUUCUCCCAUUUGCUAUCUCAAUGGAGCAGCUGAGAUAAACAGUCAAGGUACUUUGCCUCAGGGGGUUGGCGAGGCAGUGGUGGGAGGGGCAUCUCAUUCCAAGGUUCUUCAGGUUGUGCUGGUGUCUCCUCAGAUACCAGGAAACACUGGAUGUAUUGCUAGAACUUGUGCAGCCUCCGCUGUUGGACUACAUUUAGUUGGGGUAGGCAUUGCCUUUCUAAAUCCAUUGGGAUUUCAAGUGGAUGAUACAAAGCUGAAGCGUGCUGGACUGGAUUACUGGCCAUAUGUGGUUGUUAAAGUUCAUGAUUCUUGGGAAGAUUUCCGUGAUUAUUUCAGGCAACGGGAUGGUGAAAAGCGAUUACUAGCAUUUACUAAAAGGGGAACAAAAGUUCAUUCUGAGUUUUCCUACAGAAAAGGAGACUACCUUUUAUUUGGUUCUGAAACUAGUGGCUUGCCAUCUGAAGCCCUGCUAGACUGCACCUCUGAACCGUUUGGUGGCGGGAUGAUCCGGAUCCCUAUGGUAGAAACCUAUGUCAGAUGUUUGAAUCUUUCUGUAAGUGUUGGAAUAGCAUUAUAUGAAGCUUCCAGACAACUAAACUAUGAGCACCUUCAAGUGCCUUCUUUAAGUUGUAUUGACACUGAACAGGCAUUUCUUACAGAGGAUAUAUUUGCUUGAUUACAUAUGUUGUAGUCCAUAUUUGUUCUAACUUGACACAGAUAUAACAUUCUUUAUACAACUGUGCUCUGUUAAGCAUGAUUAUGCUAAAUUUUAAGUUUCCUUAGAGUAA